GUCGUCUUCCAUAUCCUUGGUGUUUGUUACAUAGUUCAUAGUGUUGGCGACGGUUACACAGCAGCACGACACCGCCGGAUCCGCAUUUUUCUUGUCAAUCCUUACCCUUCUUUGCCCUCUUCGCUCCCCAUUUACUUCGUAUCCGUCUUAAUACCCUGCGCGCCUGUCCUUUCCGCAUCACUUAUACCUACUCUACUACUACACUGCAUACCAUCCGAUCUGGCUGCAUAGCGCAUACCGUACGCAACUUACUUACCGUCCACUCACCUUCCCUCCUCGGUCAACAAUCCCGAACAAUGGCGGACACGCCCAAGUCCGGCCAGUCGGAGGAGCACCAGGCAAAGCCCGUCGUCGACGAGGCCGGCCUCAAAUCGGCGGGAACUGCCCCACCCCGGCGCCGAUCCCGCAAGAUCCUCUACAUCGCCAUCGCCGCCGCCGUCGUCGUCGUCCUCGGUCUCGCUCUCGGACUCGGCCUAGGUCUCGGUCUCAAGGACCACGGCGGCCGCGACGAAAACGAGCCCUCCACCCCGAGUCCCUCCGAACCACCCGUCACCCCCAACGGCACAGUCUGGCAACCCCCCGUCGGCGCCAAAUGGCAAAUCAUCCUCAACUCCGUCCUCGACGUGCCCUCCGCCAACGCCAAGACAUCACAAACCCUCACCCCCGACGUGCCCGUCUGGGACUUUGACAUGUUCCUCCACCGCAACACCACCGUCAUCGCCAACCUGCACUCCCUCGGCAAGCGCGCCAUCUGCUACUUCUCCGCCGGCUCCUACGAGCCCUACACGCCCGACAACACGUCCUUCGUCGCCGCCGACCUGGGAAAAACCAUGGACGGCUGGCCCGACGAGAAGUGGCUCGACAUCCGCCGCACCUCAGUCCGCAACAUCAUGCUCAAGCGCCUCGACAUCGCAGCCGCCAUGAACUGCGACGCCGUCGACCCGGACAACGUGGACGGCUACCAAAACGCCAACGGCCUGGGCCUGACCAAGCAAGACACGAUUGACUUUGUGCGCUUUUUGGGCAAGGAAGCCUCCAAGCGCGGACUGGCCAUGGGUCUGAAAAACGCUGGCGAGGUCAUUGAGGAUGUCCUGGACGUGGUGCAGUUUUCGGUCAACGAGCAGUGCGCGCAGUAUAACGAGUGUGAUACCUUUGAAAAGUUCACGGCGGCGGGUAAACCUGUGUUUCAUAUUGAGUACCCUAGUGGUGCGCCAAAGUCGGUCAAGACGCAGGAUAGCAGGAAGCUGUGCGGCGCGACGGGCGCGGAUAAGUUCAGUACUGUGUUGAAGGGCAUGGAUCUGGAUGCGUGGGUGGAGUACUGCGAUGGAAACGUGGCGGAGACCAAGGUUGCGAAUACCUCCUCUGAUGAUGGAGAUGAUGGGUCGGAUGAUGAGUGAUGGAUUAAUGAUGUCUUCUUGGUGAGAUGAAUUGUUGGAUGAACUGCUUGCCUUACCUUGUUACAUUUACUAUCUACUUGUAUGGUACUGGGAUUUCCCAUGGGGUGGUGGGCCUUUGCAUCGGAAAAAAAAAAGACAGUCGCACUAGAAGUUGUGUGUUCUCGCUUCAUUUUCAGCUGUCGUUAUUGUUAUUUGUUGUUGGUGGCAUUUAUGCAUGCUGUACCUCAUGUUUGCUUAGUAUAGUUCGUUAUCACGAUAAUCACAUGUGGUGUCGUCGUGGUGUUGUUGAUCAAUGAUCACCAUAUCACACACACCUUGCCCACGAGGAGGCGGCGCGGCCCAGCACCCGACCGACCAUCACAGCGC